CUUUACCUUCUGAUCAUGCAACUCAUCCAAUGCACUUGUGCUUUCUGCAUCUUGGUUACUUCACCCUUCUCUGCUCCUGUGGAAACGAGGCUAUGUGUCAUCUUCAAAAAGCAUUUCAUUGGUCUUCUGAUGAAAAAUGAUGCUGAAGUCAAUACCAGAAAGAAGACAUUCACUGAGGUCCAAACAGAACGACUGGAUCAAGCUGAACGGACUGUUUUAAUUAAGUGCCCAUCAAAACUUAAUGAAAAAAAGUUAUUGCAGUAUUUAUCCAGUCAUGGAAAUGUUAGAAGUCACUUCUUCUUUGAAAAUCGUGGCAUCAAUGCUUUAGUAGAGUUUUCAGAAAAGAGCAGUAUAGCCUCGUUGCAGGAUGCUGUUGGAAUCCCAAAUGCUGCAGAGCAUCAUGUUGUCCCAUUUAAAUCAAGACUUUUUACUUUCACGCUGAAAAACCCAGUGAGUCAACCUGCUGAAGAGACACCACUUCAUCUCUCUCCUCAGUGUCACAUUCCAGUGACAGGCCUUAUUCAAAAGCUUUGUCUUGCAGACAAUAUAAGCAGUCAGAUGUACAUUCUACUGAAUGAGUAUCAGCUUACAGAAGAAAAUAUCAGGCUCCGAUUUCUGGCCUGUUCUUUGGUUCGGGAUUUUGCACGGGCAUAUUUUCCAGACAGCACAGUAAAGCCAUUUGGCUCUUCAGUCAACACCUUUGGCAAACUGGGAUGCGAUGUGGACAUGUUUCUGGACUUCCAUGAUACACAAAAGAGUCCUACAAAAAUGAAAAAAGGUCCCUUUGAAAUGGAGUUUCAGAUGAAAAGAUUACCAUCUGAAAGAUUAGCGACUCAGAGGAUUCUUUCUGUGAUUGGUGAUUGCCUUGAUAAUUUUGGUCCUGGAUGUGUGAGUGUACAGAAGAUACUCAACGCUCGCUGUCCUCUGGUGAAAUUUUCCCAUCAGCCGACAGGAUUCCAGUGUGAUCUGUCAGUGAGCAAUAGCAUUGCUAUCAGAAGUUCAGAACUCUUGUAUAUCUAUGGCUGUCUGGAUUCCCGUGUACGAGCACUGGUGUUCACUAUACGGUGUUGGGCCCGUGUUCAUGGACUUACAAAUAGUGCUCCUGGCACCUGGAUUACCAACUUCUCUCUGACCAUGAUGGUCAUGUUUUUUCUGCAAAAGAGAUCACCACCUAUCAUUCCAACACUAGACCAACUUAAAGAACUGGCAGGUGCAAAAGACAAGCAUAUAAUUGGAGGAUAUGAUUGCUCAUUUGUUAGUGAUUUAAGGAAGAUUAAACCUACAAAAAAUACAGAAACACUUGAUGUAUUGUUGGGUGAGUUUUUUGAAUAUUUUGGAAACUUUGAUUUCAGAAGGAAUUCCAUAAAUCUUCGAAAGGGAAAGGAAGUAAAUAAACCUGAGUCAUCUCCUCUUUAUAUCUGGAAUCCCUUUGAACAAGACCUUAAUAUCAGCAAGAAUGUUAAUCAACCACAGCUGGAGAAAUUCAUAGCUAUGGCCAGAGAAAGUGCCUGGAUUUUACAGAAGGAAGAUAAAGCUCAGAGAAUAAUCAGUAAAGAACCUUGGGGACUGGCAGCACUGCUGAUACCAUUUGGAAAAAGUAAUUCCAGCAAGAUGAAGAAUAGGAUGAAAGGAAUAGGAAGUGAAACAAUCAGAAGCCUCUUGGACUCUUUAAAGUUAAAUAAUGCAAAUAGCCAACAAAAAGCAGUGGGAAAAUGACUUUCAGCACAGUAGCUAAUAUUCUGUUUUAGGAAUUGUAUGUGACAUGCAGUCCGAAGAACAUAACUUUUAAUAUUUCUGUUAUGGGGAAUGGAGAGUCAAAUUAUCUCUGUUUUUCAUUGUGAUUCUUUUUGUACAGGUCUCCUUUCUGUACAUUUUUCUCCUCCUUGCUCUUCACUUUUCCAUCUGUUUUAUGAAUGAAGAAUAUUCAAAUGCAAGUUUUACCGGUGCAUUUUGGAAAUAGCCUUCAGACUGACAGGAGCAGCAUGGGAAAGAGCCUUUGGGAAUUCUGUUGACUAACAUACAAAUUAUAUGCUAAGUAAAAGCUCAAGAAACAGCCACCUUUCAGUGAAACCACAGUUUGAAAGAAGAUGAAUGUGUUGGAACUAUUGCUUCCAAUCCAGUCAUGUACUGAAAGCCAGUAAAACUGAAGUGCAUGCAUCUAUUUUUGCUAUUGUUUUCCAUUCAUGUAGAUAGUGUCAAGACAAAAUAAAGAGAAUGGAAUUAGAUAGUAGGGUUUGCAGUUUCCUAAAGCAUUGCUCUCCAAGGGUAGUGCAACUGUUUUGUAUUGGAAAAGUGGGUUUGCUCUUGUAUUUACCACCUGAUUUCAAAUUUAUUUAGUCAGCUCUCUUUUGUUUUCUGUACCCAUAGGACUGGUCCCCGCCCACAUUUGUAUAAUGUUUCUCAUUUUGCCUUCAGCUUCAUUUUAAACCUGUAUUUCAGGUUCAGGCAGGGGCUCUUGUAUGCUCUUCUUGCUUCAUCACUCUAUUCAAAGUUGCUGCCUACUAAGUGACACCAAAGCCUUCCUGCAGAGGGAUCUGUCCCAUGCAGAGAUCCAUAGAAAAUCAUGUAUCAUGCUGGAGUCCUGUUCCCAGUCUUGCCUUGGUUUUCACGUACUCAGCAGAGUGGUGACUGUCUCCCUUCCAGAUCAGUUGGGCCAGCAGAGUCAGUGCUUUUCAUUGACUUAAAACAUUGAGUGUUCUGCCUCUGUCCAUCUGCCACAAAAAGGAGUGUUUUCAGAAGAAGAGGGAAAGGGGAGGGAAGGAAGGAAGGAAAGAAAACAAAAAGAGAAAUGGACAGCAGGCAAACAUCAGACUUUACAAGUACAUUUGUGAGUAUUUCACCUGUCCAGUUUGAGAGCCACUCAUGGAUUAUAACUAAAUGGCAACGGUGAUAACUCCACAGAUUGUUGUCUUUAUUCUUAACAGAAAUUCUGUAAAUGAAAUUACUUUGUUCAAAUUAUCAUACAACUGCAACAUGAUUACUGUUUCAAUUUCAAUAUUUUUAGAUUCUUUCAUGUUGCAGUGGUAUAUGAUUUUUUGUAGACUUCCCUUCUAAUUGUGUAGUCUAAAGUCUUUUCCCUCAUGUAUUAUUCAUUGAAAAUACUGUAAUAGGCAGUAAUGCAUACUUCCAAAGUACUGGUAAAAAAUGGACAAGGAAAGUAUUUUCCAGCAGUUGACAGACUAAAGGGUUAGACCUUCAGAUCAAUUCCAUAUUAGUUUAUUCAGAGUUUAAAAUAAUACUCAAAUAUAUCUUGUUUCUGAUUAAUAAAUGUUUUCUCGAAUAAUGACUCACGUAGUCAUUAUCUCAAUUGCUGAAAUUGAUUCUCAUAUUAACUUCUUCAAGAUUAAGCCUUGAAUUUGAAACUUUCUAAAUUUUGAUAUCAGAACUUCUUUUUUGAAGGCUGAUAUGCAGUUUAUUGUAACUUUUUAUCGGUGCUAACCGAAAGCCUUUGAAAACAAGCUUGGCACAAUGCUGUAAGGAGCCUGCCUUAAUCUUUACAGGACCUAGAGGUACAUUUUCUGCUGUUUACCCAGCAACAGACUUUGAAGCGUUUUAGAGAUUAGGGGAGUACUCAAGUUGUUGUGAGUUUUCUUUUUUCUAGAUAAACCAGAUGGGUAAGGGUGCAAUAAUAAGAAAAUGGGUUACCAGGGAGAGAAGCAGUGACUACCCACAUGUGCUAUAUUCACAGUGGUCCACUGACAUAGGUAGGAAAGAUUUUAUAUGAAUUUUGACACGUAGAUACAGGACACUUGUAGACAAAUAAUACAUUUUAUAUUCUGGUUAUAUGGUUGAGGCAUGCUGAAGCACAAGCUUCAUUUGUAAAUAGUAAUAGAUGUUCAAGCUGCUUAGUAUUCCUUAAAAGGCAGGGUAGAACACCAUUACUGUACAUGCAGUGCCUUUCAGCAUCAGUUUUCUGUUUAGACUGCAUGUCCCUUUUGGGAAUGGUUCUGAACCCUUGUCAUGGCUGCAGGCCAAUUUUUGAAAAGAGGUGAAAGAAGCCAAAAGCAGUGUUGUAGCAAUGGAAUGCACAGGUGAUUUUUUCAGAUGUCUGCAAGUCCAGGGGGCUGGAGACCGGGGAGCUGCUGACUGAAACCUUGAGGCUUUGAGGAUCAGCUCUCAUUGCUGAUGCCAAUAAGCCCAGUGGGCAACUUUCAUAGAGGAGGAUGGAGAUGGAGGGCCGACCAUGAGCUUCCCUAGAGCAUGAGCUGUGUCUGGGAGAAGAGCUGGGUGAUGCUAGAGGAACUGAAGCCACCUGUGGGAAGAGAACCAGACAAGAGAACCGAGAUUUGAGGGAGUAUAUUUGUCAAAUCAAGAGAGAUUAUGUGAAUAUAAUUUCCUAGGGGCUGCAGUCUUGAAGAUAGUUAGAAAAAACAAAUACGGUUCUGUCAGUGAAAACAAGGGUUGGAUAUUUGUCAAGAAAGGACUAUGAUUAUGGUCUGCAUUUGAGAGCUCAUUCAUAUGGUCCAAAAGCAUGUAAACAAUGUCUCUGUGAGAGUGAGGCAGAAAGUUUUAGUUACUUCUCAAACUUGGUGGUGAUAUACUGUAUUGUAUGGUGAGGCUGUUAGGGAGGUCACGUGUAAGGAACAUGAGUGAAUUAAACACAUUUUUGCCCCUCUGCCCCUUUCCCUUGCCGGGAAUACUUUUUAGUGCAGUCUCACAUUUCCUGGCUCUUGAGUGGUUAGGGAAACUGAAAACAUUCAGAAGUUCCAUGCCCUGAGAAAAAACACUUCAAGACAUUAACUUCAAGUUAACAUUUAUUGCCAGAGAUUUUUAUUUUCCUAGACAUUGAUGCUCACAAGUGUUGCAGUCAUAGGUUCUGCUGCAACUGCCACUGCUCCAUCAUUACUCUGUAACUUCCUGGGAAUCUGAAGCCUUGGCCUACAGCUGACUGCUGGGUGAGCAUCUCUGUGUCAUGCUUGUGGUGAAGACACAGUCACCAAAACAGACUUCUUGGCUGGUAACAGAUGCUCUAUUCCUCAAUUUCAAAGUACAGUUCCUGUCUGGGUUUCUGUUCUUUAGACUUUGAAUCACAGUAUAAUUCAGGCUGGGAGAGAACUCUGGACCUAGUCCAGCUGCCUUUUUAAGUAGUAUCAGCUCUUAGAUUAUAGACCAGGACUUUUAUCUUGUCAGGCCUUGAAAUCUCCAAGGAUGGAGACUGCACAGCCUCUCCAGACAACCUGUUCCAGUGCUCGACUCUCCCUGUCACCCUGAUGGGCUGGGCUUAACAGUCUGUCAUAUCCUUGUCACUCUUCCUGGCUUCUUUUCUGAUCCUGACAAAUGCUCUCAAUCAGAUUGCCAUCCAUUACAAAUGUUCAAGCUGCUCCUUUGUGUAGGAAGCCCCCUGAGUCUCCCCUUCUUUCCCUGUCUUUCCAGAGGAACUCGUAUCCAUCCAUCACAGUGCUCCCAUCACAUGUGAGCCUUCCCAUUGUAGCUGUUACUCCAACAGUGCUGUAGUAACAGCACAAGGAGCUCUAGUUCCUCUUGCUUGUUCCCCAGGCUGCCACACAUUUGUAUCUGUACAUUUGAGGUGGGUACUUGUUAAUAAUUUUUUAUUAUUCUUGAGGUCCCUUUUGUUCCUGUCACCCUGUAUCCUUUUUUCUCAAUCCAUGUCCACAAGAUGGCAUAAGUGGAGGUUAUCAUUGUCCUCCCUUAUUCUUCUGACUGAAUGCCUUGAUAUUCACACUGUGCAAAUCCAGAUUACAAAGUCCUCAUGACAUUCAAAUCCUGACUAAAAAUUAAUUUCUAAAAGACUCUGCAGGAAAAUAAGAGUCUGUGAGUACCAGACUGGUAUAUUGUCCUGGCAGAAAAGCCCCAGAAAAUACAUUUGUGCUGCUGUAGUGGAGCAUGAUGGAAGCAUCCAAGGUAGCCUCAGCUGUGCUGGUGCAGCUGCAGAAAAGCACAUACCACCACGUAGAGAUACUGGUGCAGGUGUGGAAUCAUCUUAGAGCACAGUGCUGCAUCAAUAGGACCUCAUUGCUUCCACAACUGCACUAGUGUGGUACAGGAUGCUGCUGCCUGGCAGAGCUUGUCCACUUGGAUUUGACACAUUUCUGGUGCUGUGUCACCUCUGGGUCUAGAGCAGUCGGGCUCAGCUGCAGCCUCACUGUGCUCUGUGCUCAGGCUGGGUCUGUGGUCAUUGAGGAAUUGUGUUCUUAGAACAGCAUGGUCUUGCAGAUUUGUUUCUAAGUUUAAUUUCUUUUAGGCUCUCUAGCAGGACAGGCUAUGUUUUUUCUUAAAAUUUUGUCCCUUUGGGAAAAGGAAAGGUAGACAAACAGCCUUUAUUGGAAUGAUUUUGCCAACAAACUAGUUAAAGGCCCAUGCCAAGUUCAGCUACAGCAAGUUUAGGAUUUCCAGCCUGGGCUGCUUUGAAAAUAUGAUGAAUCAACAAUUAGGAAGUUUUUUAAAAGUGAAAUCAUCCUGUUCAUUGGAAAGGUCUCUCUUCCAAAUGCCUUGCCUUGCUUAUCACGAAAUUACCACCAAGGUUUUCUUCUAGUACAAAAUUCUUCUGAACGUCACGGGUAAUUUGGGGUCAGUUUGUUUAAAACAAGGGUUAGGAUUUAUACGAGGCUAACCUGUGCCUGGAGAUAAAAUCUCCUUCUCCAUAAAUCCUCUUAGUUGAAAGUCUUGAUCCACUGCUUUUGCAGACCUGUUUCUCAUACUUUCUUUAAUCAGAGGAUUGGUUUGCUUUCUUCUGCAGGACCUCCCUGCUUCUUUUCCCUCUCCUCAUUCUCUUUUCAUCAUAUCUCAUCUGAUCUGAUCUGUAAAGAAUAGUAUUUCACUUGGCCCCUAGUAUUUGUGGAGCAAUAGUGAAUACAGCUGCAUUCAAGAAACAGGUAGUUUUUAAAAUGUGGCUCUCACAUUGCAAUGUAAUUUUUUUUUUUUUUUUACUACUUCACUUCUUGUGUAGAUUGAGUCUCCAUACUGCAUUUCCCAUGGCUCAUAGAGGGAUCAAUUAGCUGGACUUGAUGGGCCUCACCUGUGUUGACCAUAUAUUUUUGGGAAGUCUUUUCAUUUAAGAAACUUGUUUAACACAGUCUGUAGUAUUAGAAAGCAGAAGUUCCCUGCAAAUUUUUUGAGAGGUGCUUUAUCCUUCAAGAUUAUUUCUGUUUUCCCUUGUUGUUAUGGGGAAAACUGUGUUCAAUUUGUUUCACAGAAUGACUUCAGAGAUAGGUUUUUGUUCCCAUGCUGAGCUCUCUUGUGCACACAGAUUUGUAGUCAAUGUAAACAGUGCAGCCCUGUACAGGAAUUUUUGCAUGGAACAACUCCCAGAAUAUGUCUUCUAGGUAUUAUCCUCCCAACCCAACAGGGGAGGUAAAAGCCUCACAAAUUACUAAGGCAUAGCCUCUCAUUUGUGGUGCUGACUGCACGGGAUGGGACAAUUCCCGUAAUUCUGUAUUGCUUUUCUCAUGUUGGACACAGGAAAAACUGUUUUCCUGCAGAGAAAAGGUACAUAUGUUAGAAGUUGGAUUGCUGGAGUGAAAAGCAGUAUUAUUUAAAUUCUUUCCGAAUAUUUCCAUCUUAAGUUUGUUUUUUAAGUCCUUCUCUAGGAGCAAUUACUAGAGAUUUUCAGGAUGAGAGCAAGAACUGGGAGCAUAUACAAAGGCUUCAUAUUUCAGGUAAUCAGAUAAAUAGUACUUAGAUUAUCAAAAAUAGUUAUACAGGGGAAAAUAAUGCAUAUAACCAUGUGGCAAUAAACAAGGAACACUGCCUUGUCUCUUUGAACCAGUUUUCAUGCCUUGAUUUUCUGUAGUCCUCCCAGUGGUGCACUACUUUUGACAAGGGUUGGAUUUGGGAGAGCAUACUGAAUGGAAACUACAGUACCCAGUACAUGGGAGGGUGAGUAUUUAGACACUGCAGUAAAAAAAAA